CUGAUUGGUUGGUUUCUGUUUUUCACACAGACCAAUGAGUAUGUCCUUUCAUUGAUGGAACCAAAACAUAUAGAUAAAAACGCAGCUGAUGUAAAGGAAGACGCUAUUGGAAGAAAUAAUAUGAAGAGGUUUGCUGGAGAGGAGCAGCAAAUGAAAAAGAAGCAAGUCAAGAAUACUGGGGAGCUUGAGCGAAUAAUUUUUGGACUGAAGGUCUCAAAAAAGCACCUACAUUUUCUUUUUAAAGGUCAUGGAGAGGCUUUAGAGCACUGGGUGUUUCGAGGCAUCCAUCUGGCUGAUAACCAGUGGCACACGCUUGUUUUAGCUAUAGCUCAUAGCCACAUGAGGCUCACAGUGGACUGCAGCUCACAGCUAGACAUCGUUCUCUCCAGGCCUUUUCCUUCAGACCUGAACAUUCAGGGAUCCACGUUCCACAUUGGAAGUCAAGGGAGAUGGAAAGGCCUAUUUUCAGGGCUGCUGAGACAGCUGGUUCUGGUCCCAGGCUCAGAUGCCACUCAUCAAAUCUGCCCUUCCUCCAACCCAAAGCUUGCAACCCUGUCAGUGCCGCCGCUGCUCUUAGACCUACCUGUUAGAGGGGGGAAGGGCGGUGGACAUGUCAACUCCUAUGAAACUGAGAUGCGAGUGCCAGUGGGCUCUGAGAGGCCGUGCACAGGGUUACUAGAAGGCCAGCUGUUGUUUAAUCCUCUCAAAAAGGGCCUCUAUCUCUGUGAUGGUUCAGUGUGGAUUACAGUGUUGGAAGAUCAUAAACGGCUUGAUUAUGUGUUGGAGCAUCAGGUCCUCACCACAAGCUCUGAGACGCAUGACAUAGAGGUGUUCCAGGUACCUGGCAUAGGUCUGAUGGCUGCUAUGGCUCACCGGUCCCCAGCCUCGGGGUCGGCUGUGUAUCUUUGGACCCACUUAGGUUUCAAGCACUACCAGAACAUCAGCACACAUGGAGCUCUUGCUUGGAGACACUUCAACAUGGGCAAGAGGGUAUUUCUCGUGGUGUCUAAUUCUGGGACUGGAACAGAGAAACAACUUAACAAAGAGUCAGAGGCAGACUCUUCUGUCAUUUACAAGUGGAGCAAACGAAGAAAACGAUUUGUGCGGUUUCAGACUCUGCAGACCUACUGUGCACGUGACUGGGAGGCAUUUGACAUCAAUCAACAAACCUACCUCGCUGUGGCAAAUCAUAGACGGGGUAACAGUAACCACACAAUAGACAGUGUGAUAUACAAGUGGAACAGAUCAACAAAGUCCUUUGAGGUCCACCAGAUGCUGCAUACUUCAGGGGCCUACGACUGGGAGUUCUUCACCGUGGGACCAUACCAUUUCUUAGUGGUUGCAAACGCUUUUGAUGGAGUGACCACCUCUGUAGACUCCGUCAUCUAUGUUUGGGUCGAUGGAAGCUUCCAGGUUUUCCAGACAAUUAAGACAUUCUGUGCAACAGACUGGGAAAUGUUUCAGAUUGGCAGCAGAGUGUUCUUAGUUGUUGCUAAUGGACACAGACUCCAUGGUAAUGGGCCAAGUCAGUACACCAUCAACUCAACUAUCUACGAACUGGACAUGAGUUCACAACUCUUCGUCCGCUUCCAGGAUAUUAUCACCUACAGUGCUGUGGACUGGGAGUUCUUCAGCCUCAAGGGGGAAUAUUUUCUGGUUGUUGCUAACUCCUAUAAUGGAGAAUCUUACUCUCUCAACAGCAUUCUCUACAGGUGGCAGGGAUAUGAAGGAUUUGUUCCUGUCCAUUGGCUCCCAACAAUUGGCUGCAGUGACUGGGAGUUUUUCAGUUAUAAGGGAGAGUCAUAUCUGAUCUACUCUAGUGCCAAAGCACCACUCUCUAAAGUAUUCAAACUGAAAACCUACUAG